UGAACGCUGGGUUUGACCUGUUUGAGUGUUAAGGAUAUCGAUGCACACAGUUCUCAAUAAGGAUCGGUGUUCUUUAUUUAUUUUGUUCUUUUAUUAAAUUUUCUUUCCAUAAAUGCUUUCCCGUGUACUACUUAUUUAUUUAUUAUUUUUUACAUUUACGGUUUACUUUCACACACUCUUCCCAAGGUCCUGCCGUAACAAGGUGGAACAACAGGAGCAGCAGCAGCAGCAGCCGCCGCCGCCGCAGGGAUACCGGAUGGCUUUAUUGAACUAGUCAUGCUGAGGAUUUAAGAAGACCAAUUUUUUCCGGUUUGGUUUGCACUGGUGAUCUGACCGCUCCAGACUAUGGAUUUAUGUGACAGCACAUCGCAGGCUGAGCUUAUGAGCCGGUAUGUGUCUACAGAAACAGGAUUUGGUGUCCCCAAGGAUGGUUGGCGGAUAUGCCUGGCACAUGAGUUCAAAGAGAAGAGGAAGCCAUUUCAAGCCAAAGAUGUUUCACUCUCCAACAUGUUCGAGCAUGUUGGUCUUGGCCUCAGGUAUCUAAGAUGGUGGUACAAAAAGACCCAGGUUGAGAAGAAAGCUCCUUUUAUUGAUAUGUUUCGGGCCUUACCACUGAGGCAAAUUUAUGGUGCUCCACUCGGUGGCAUUGGGGGAGGUAGUAUCACACGUGGAUGGAGGGGGGAAUUUUGCCGGUGGCAACUGAACCCUGGAAUGUACCACUACAAAACCGUUAUUGCUAACCAGUUUACAGUAUGUCUGCGCAGGGGAGGUCAGACAAUAUACCAGCAGGUGUUGUCAACAGAGCGUCCUCCAACUCUCCAGGGUUGGAACUGGGGUUACUGUGGUGAAUACGCCUUUUACCAUGCCCUGUAUCCACGAGCCUGGACUGUCUACCACCUACCUGGUCAGAAUGUCACUCUCACCUGCAGACAGGUGUCACCUGUCAUCCCCCAUGACUACAAGGACUCCAGUCUUCCUGUGGCUGUGUUUGUAUGGGACAUUGAGAAUAAGAAUGACUACACACUUGAUGUUUCCAUCAUGUUCACCCUAGUUAAUGGGUCGGGUCAUAAAGACGAUAAGAGUGGGGGCCACUGGAAUGAACCAUUUCACCUUGAGAAAGAGGGAGAAUCUGUCUCUGGAGUUUUGCUCCAUCACCAGACGCCCAUUAACCCUUACACUCUGUGUAUGGCUGCAAGAGAAAAGGCUGGCCGAGAGAUCAGUCACCAAACAGCGUUUAGCCCAAAGGGAACCUGUAGUGCUUUGUGGAGUGACCUCAUCACUGAUGGGCGGCUUGACUCACCUGAGGGCUCCAGUCCACCCACUCAGAAAGGGGAGAAGGUAGCAGCAGCCCUUGCUGUGAGCUGCUCAGUUCCAAAUAAUGGACACAACAGUAUGGAGUUCAGUUUGGCUUGGGAUAUGCCCAAAAUCACAUUUGGCUCGAGAGAGAGAGUACAUGUCAGGAGAUACACACGUUACAAUGGCAGCAAAGGAGAUGCGGCCCCCUCUUUGUCUCACUACGCACUGACACACUACAGUAAAUGGGAGGAGAGCAUUGAUGAGUGGCAGAGGCCCAUUCUACAGGACCGUUCUCUUCCUGGUUGGUAUAAGUCUGCUCUGUUUAAUGAGCUCUACUUUGUUGUGGAUGGUGGAACUGUGUGGGUGGAGCUUCCAGAGGAUAGUGAUAUCAGUGGUGGACUCCGUCCUGAGGAUGGGGGGCUUCCAGCUCAGCCCCAGGUUGUUAAGGAGUAUGGGCAAUUUGCUUACUUAGAGGGUCAGGAGUACAGGAUGUACAACACUUAUGAUGUGCACUUCUAUGCUUCAUUUGCUCUCAUAAUGCUCUGGCCCAAGUUGGCUCUCAGUCUGCAGUAUGAUAUUGCUGGUAGUGUUGUUCAGCAUGACCCUACAGAGAGGUUAAAUCUAAUGAAUGGCAGAUGCUCACCUGUCAAGACCAGGGGUGUAGUACCUCACGACAUUGGAGACCCUGAUGAUGAGCCAUGGGUUCGCGUCAAUGCUUACUUGAUCCACGAUACAGCCGACUGGAAGGAUCUGAACUUGAAGUUUGUGCUGCAAGUGUACAGAGACUAUUACCUGACUCAGGAUGAUCAGUAUUUAAAAGACAUGUGGCCCAUAUGCCAGACAGUCAUGGAAACGGAGUUGAAGUUUGAUAAGGAUGGAGAUGGGCUGAUUGAAAAUUCUGGCUAUGCAGACCAGACUUAUGAUGGCUGGACAGUGACAGGACCCAGUGCAUACUGUGGAGGUUUAUGGCUGGCGUCAGUGUGCAUGAUGUGUAAAAUGGCACGUUUGCUGAAUUGUGAGUCUGUAUAUCAACGCUACAGAGAUAUUUUGGACCGAGGAAGUGCAGCCUUUGACAAACUCCUGUGGAAUGGUAAGUACUACAACUAUGACAGCAGUGGACGGAACCUGUCAAACAGUGUAAUGUCUGACCAGUGUGCAGGCCAUUGGUUCCUGAGAGCAUCUGGGCUCGGGGAUGGUGAAUUCCAGGCCUUUCCCGAGGAGAAAAUCCGUAGUGCAUUGAAGUCAGUGUUUGACCUCAAUGUUAUGAGCUUUGCAGGUGGGCAGAUGGGUGCAGUCAACGGGAUGAGGCCAGAGGGCAUACCUGAUAGUUCCAGUGUCCAAUCAGAUGAGGUGUGGGUGGGUGUGGUGUACGGAUUGGCAGCUACAAUGAUACAUGAGGGCAUGGUGGAAGAGGGACUAAGAACUGCGGAAGGCUGUUAUCGUGCUGUUUGGGAGCGUUUGGGAAUGGCCUUCCAGACUCCUGAAGCAUACUGCGAGAAAGGCAUCUACCGCUCUCUAGCUUAUAUGAGGCCUCUGAGUAUCUGGGCAAUGCAACUUGCACUGAACAAUCAACCAAACCACACCAAAACCACAGAAAAAGACAAGACUGAGUUGGAGUCUUAGAGUUCUGCUAAAGGGAACUUGCACUUUCUAAAGCAUGCAUAAUGACGUGAACUUUUAAAAAAACUGCAGAAGGCCUUUCUUUAUGGAUUAAAUUCCUAGUUCAUACAUGCACUGUUGCUACACACAGAAAGAUACCUUAAUACAUUUUCAAAUGUUCCGUAAAACUGACUUCUUUCCACUGAAAAUGUACAUAAGCUUAACCACAGUUCAUGUAGCAGAUGUAAUCAUAGAUUAGUUUUACAACUGGAAGUGUAAACUUGGCUUUACAGGCUCUGUUGCAGUAGACUGACAAACGCCGUUUUCAUUAUAAUUUUAGGUGUCGGUCCAUUGACAAUGUCUGUAUAUUUGGGAAUCAAAUAGUUAGAGAAUGAUUCAUUGACAUGUAAUUUCGCUGUAUAUUUGGUCACACUUCACAAUAAGGUUUAAUUUGUUAAUAUUAGUUAAUGUGUUAGGUGUCAAGAACAAACAAUGAACAAUAGAUUUUUCCCAGCAUUUAUUAUCUUAUUUUUAUCUAUUAUUAAAAUACACUUGUUAAUUUUUAGUUUACGUUACUUAAUUAACCAAUGUUAACAUAUACAACUUUUGAUUUAAAACCAGUAUUAGUAAAGGCUUUAAAAGUAUUGAUCAUUGUUAGUUCAUGUUAACUAAUGUUGUUAACAAAUGGAAACUUAUUGUAAAGUGUUGCCGUUUUUGUUUUGUUUUUUCAAUUGGGAAUGCUGUGUAGAGUGCACAAAGUUUUUUUUUACAGAUAUUUUUUUUUCCCUCACUUGUAUUUGUAAUCUAGCAUCUGUCUGAGGCUUUGACAAGUCAGUACUGUAAAUUGUUCUUCAAAAGUAUAAUAGAUGUGUAUAUAUAAAUUAAUAAAUGUUUAUGA